AUGUGCUCUGAAACGGGCUCCAGGUACAUGGGCAUGAUGCUCUUGCCCUUGGCCACCACAGCCAUCAUUGCCAACCUCCUGCUGUACUUUCCCAAUGGGCAGGUACUGGAGCCUGCCAAGAUCACAGACUUGGUCUGGUUUUUCCAUGGCUUUCUUGGAGCUGGACUCUUGGUUAUGGUGCCAGCACUAAUGCUGUUGAGAGGAGGUGGGGAGGGCUGCUGUACUUACAGAUGUGGGAUGCUGUUCCCUGUACUUCUGACCAUACAGGGCACUCUAGGGGCUGUGUACUGUGUGGUCAUUUCUUCACUGGGUUUGCUCAGUGGCCCCUUGUGUGACACAGGCAGUGGAAACUACACCUACCCUUUCAGGAAUGACAGCCUGGAGGACAACUACUUAUUCAACCAGCCUACCUGGGAAACUUGCCAAGAGCCUGAACACAUCGUCCUGUGGAAUGUGGUCUUGUUCUCCAUCCUCCUAGGGAUCGGCAUUAUAGAAGCUGUGCUUUGCCUUAGCCAAGUUGUCAGUGGGCUCUGUGAUGUCUACUGUGGUACCUGCAUCCGGAAAGGACAGGUCAGUAUUUCCAGAACCUAUGAAUUUUCAGUUUUUAUGGGGCCAAUAUUCCAUGAAGUACACUUUGAGAAGCACUGCAUGACUCCAUGA